AUGGCUGCUGUUCCAGUUCGGGUCGCCGUUCCAAGCUUCAAUCACCGGCGCUUCACGUUUAGGUCUUCCUUUCUGGAUACCUAUCUCAAUUCUUUGGGAACCAACUACACAGAUGGAGAAUUCGAGCAGUUCAUAAACAAAUCACAAUUUAUCAAGAAAUUGGGAGGGAUAUUCAAGGAUCUAAUGCCUGAAGAGGACUCCUUUGAGGAAGCUUUGUAUAUAUUUGAUAUUGGUCAUAAUGAUAUGGCUAUGGAACUUUUUGCUAACUGGACCGUAGAGGAAGUCAAUGCAUUUAUACCAACCCUAAUCAAUAGGUUAUCCAAUGCUAUCAAGAAUUGGUAUAAUGGUGAGAUUAUGAUACUUCAAGAUGUAUACAAGUUGGGAGGUAGAUCAUUUUGGGUCCAGAACACCGACCCCUUUGGCUGCCUUCCCCUUCUGUUGACGAGUUUUCCGGAGGCAGCGGCUCAAAACGACAAUGUAGGGUGUGAAAUUCCUUUCAAUCAGUUAUCUCAGUAUUACAAUUACAUAUUGAAGGAGGCGGUUGCUCAACUCGGGAAGGAUCUUCCUUUAGGUGCAAUCACAUAUGUAGAACAGUAG